AGAUUAACUGAAGAAGAUGUAAGCCAGUGGUCAGAGUCCUUACAAAAUAUUUUAAUCUGUAAAAAAGGUCGAUCUGUCUUCAGAUCAUUUUUAAAGACAGAGUACAGUGAUGAAAAUUUUGAGUUUUGGGUUGCAUGUGAAGAUUACAAAAAACAUAAGUCAGGAAAGAAAAUGGCUUCUAAAGCAAGAAAAAUUUUUGAUAACUUCAUUUCUUCUGAGUCUUCCAGAGAGAUUAACAUUGACUUUCACACACGGAAGGAGAUUACUGACAAUCUGCAUCAACCAUCCAUUAGCAUUUUUGAAAAUGCUCAGAAAAUUGUCUAUAGUCAUAUGGAAAGAGAUUCUUACCCAAGAUUUCUGAAAUCAGAUAUUUACAAAGCAAUUGCAGAAAAAAGUAAAGCCAAGUAAUAAUGCUUGUUAAAUUGUUUAAGCAGAAUACUUUUGAUUCUAGUAAAACAAAAUAAAAUUAACAUUCAUAUUUCCUGAAGAUUUAUAUUUCAUUAUGUGUUUAAGAAAUCAACCAUAUUGUCAUCAUAAGCUUAAAAAGUCAACAUUAUCAUAUAUAAGCUGUGCCUUACAUGAAAUCAAAUAAAUGUAUGUUUUUGUGUAAAGAAAACUGGAAACAAAACAUAUGCUUUACAGUCAGAAUAGGAGGUUGUAACAGUUUCUGCCCGUGUGUUUUCUUGGCUUGAACCAUAUGCUUACUUUCAACCGCUAACUAAUAAAUGUGCUUGUGGAAUGUUGUGAACUUGUUUGAUUUAACAGAGUAGGUCUGCUGAAAGUCUUAAAAUAUAAUAAAAAAAUAAGAGGAAAAGUUAAGUAAAAUGGCUGCAGUGAACCAAGAAAUGAUAGCUGUUUGUUAACUAAAAUGAGCUCUGAUCCAAAAAUUUAAAAAAAAUAAAUGCUGUAAACAUGCUACUGAUUUUUAAUACAAUGAUAACAGUGAAAUAGAUGGAAUUUAUUACGUCCAAAAUAGUAUAGUAAUUUGCAUAUAUCGUUUUCUUAGUUUGCUGCUAAUAUUUAGGAAUAUAAUUAAGAAUAUAAUUAAGAACGUCAUGAAAACAGCAUAGCUGAUAUAGAAAGAAUGGCUGUUAUGUGGUGAAUUGUCAUUGCAAUGCAUACAUUUUAGGUUUAAAUCACUGUGUUAUGAGGUGUUAGGAACCAUAAUACACCAGUUUAGAAAUGCUGCACAAGACUAAUAAUACACAUUUAUGUUAUUACCAUUAUUAUUAUUAUUGCUAUUAUUAUUAUUAUUAUUUCCUGUUUAUACAUUUUCAGUAAUUUUUGUAGGUGCACAUUAAACACAAAUGUAAUAUUUAUGCCCUUUUUAUUUAAAUAACUGAAUGUUUCCUUCCACAAGCAAUUCCUUGUUGAAGACAUUAUUAUGUUAUCUGCUCAAAUUUCUUCAUUUAGCAAAUAUUUAUUAGGAACAUUAAUUAAUUAAUUAAUGCAUGUCUUCUAACAUUCAGAACUGUGUAAAUAUGUGUUCAUUAUUUAUUCGUCAAACCAUGAAUCUAGAAUUGUAAAGCAAGGGCAUAGAGCAGGGAAUAAUUGAUCUACUAAAUGCAUCAUUGAUAACAGUGUCUUUAAUGAAAGCACAAUAUGAUCUAAGUAAGCCUUUAAUGUAUAGGGACUUCAUUUUCUUAAAGAAAUAUGUAAGUAUCAUAAUAUAUGUUCUGUUAAAAAAAU